CCUCUCUAGUAGAAGCUGUUCAUACAGCAGCCUCCGCCGCAACGAAUGGAGGCGAACGGGUGAAAGAGAUAUCACUGAGGAACUGUUUCACUAUCAACACAUCUUUCCGUCGGAUGCGAGGAGGAUUUUAAACAGAUAUUAUUUCCGCGGGCAGAAGAAACGCCUCACUGCUUUUUAAAAAGUCGAAUUGCUUCCCUUUUCCCCCCGUGAACAGAUCGAUUGCCUGUCAUUUAAAAAAGGGCGUGUGUGCGAGGCAGUCUUCACCAUUUAAUGUGGGUAUAUAUGGUGUUUUAAAUAUUUUUUACACCAUCUGGGUCUGAAGGACAGAGUCGAAGAUGGGAUGCACACUGAGCACAGAGGACAAGGCGGCGGUGGAGCGCAGUAAGAUGAUCGACAGGAAUCUGAGGGACGACGGGGAGAAGGCGGCGAGGGAGGUCAAGCUGCUGCUGCUCGGCGCUGGCGAAUCAGGGAAAAGUACAAUUGUCAAGCAGAUGAAGAUCAUCCACGAGGCAGGCUACUCAGAAGAGGAAUGUAAGCAGUACAAGGCUGUGGUCUACAGCAACACCAUCCAGUCCAUCAUCGCCAUCAUCAGAGCCAUGGGGCGCCUCAAGAUCGACUUUGGCGAUGCCGCGAGAGCUGAUGAUGCGCGGCAGCUGUUUGUGCUGGCGGGCUCCGCAGAGGAAGGCUUCAUGACGGGGGAGCUGGCCGGUGUCAUUAAGCGCCUGUGGAAGGACGGAGGUGUUCAUGCCUGCUUCAGCCGCUCUCGCGAGUAUCAGCUCAAUGACUCGGCAGCAUACUACUUGAACGAUUUGGACAGGAUAUCCCAGGCCACCUACAUCCCAACUCAGCAGGAUGUCCUGAGGACCCGAGUCAAAACCACAGGCAUUGUGGAGACGCACUUCACAUUCAAGGACCUUCACUUCAAAAUGUUUGAUGUUGGAGGUCAGAGGUCUGAGAGGAAGAAGUGGAUCCAUUGCUUUGAGGGAGUGACCGCCAUCAUCUUCUGCGUGGCCCUCAGUGACUACGACCUGGUGCUGGCCGAGGACGAGGAGAUGAACCGAAUGCAUGAGAGUAUGAAGCUGUUCGACAGCAUCUGCAACAACAAGUGGUUCACAGACACCUCCAUCAUCCUCUUCCUCAACAAGAAGGACCUGUUCGAGGAGAAGAUCAAGAAGAGUCCUCUAACCAUCUGCUACCCAGAAUAUGCUGGCUCCAACACGUACGAGGAAGCAGCUGCCUACAUUCAGUGUCAGUUUGAGGACCUGAACAAGAGGAAGGACACCAAGGAGAUUUACACCCACUUCACCUGCGCCACGGACACCAAGAAUGUGCAGUUUGUCUUUGACGCCGUCACCGACGUCAUCAUCAAGAACAACCUGAAAGACUGUGGUCUCUUCUGAGGAUGGAGAAGAUAACCUUUUUCUUUUUGGCGGUGGAGCCAGUUUAUUGUGCAUCUUUGGUGGGGAAGAUGAGAAGAGUCGGGAGGAUCAGUCACGGACCAGUGCUGUACUAUAUGCCACUUUUAACAGCUUUAUUUAUGUUUUUUGUCUUGGAACAUUUUUGAACUAGCGUUACGACAUUUGUGUAGGAUGUUUGUAUCUAUGUAAAAGCGUCACAGCAAAAGUUUCCCGCACACUAAAAAAAACAGUUACUUUGUAUUUAGUUUUUAGUUUUGGAGGAGAUCACUUUUAUGCUGUUACUUCUGCCGCUGUCUCUGGAAAAGGAAACUUUGCUGUUGGUGGAAAUGCUUCUUUUCUUCCUUCCCUACAACCAAAAGGGAAGAAAAGGCGCACAACUUUGAGUCCAGUUUGUUGGUACUUGUGCCUUCGCAUGCAUUUUUACCGCGGCCGUAGUCCCAAUGCUUGUUCUGUUGCCUGCUGAAUUGUUCUAAACAUAAAGAGGUUAACUGUUUUCAUAUGUUAGUGUCCCUGCUAUCUUCUAUGUGCACACCAUUGAGCUAUCGGGAUGCGGAAGGUUUCCCUCUGGUCUAAAGCUACAUAGGUCUCCAUGGUGAUCAAUAUGUAGCCUCCACAGUCCCCUACCCCCAUCCCCCCACCAGCCAUGACAAUGAAAGGCCUCGCUGGCCAAUCACGCAGUACAAUACUGAGAUGUAAAUUGUUACAUUUGCCCCGCAGAUUCCGGGGUUCUGGUUUUUAAACUGUACAAAAUAUCCAUUCUUCCCAACCAUUCGGAUAAUGGUGAGUCAAGGCAUUGAGCUUAUAAUACGCUCAAGUCAAAGACAAGGGUAGGCACAUUUUAAUGUAUUAUGAGGAGAGUUUUGGUGUUAAGGAGAGAAAAACUGAACCACUGAAAAGAUGGUUGUAAAGGCGAGGAUGAGGUCUGAAAUGUUUUAAGGUUCAGACGCCGUUCUUCGGUGGUGAUUUGAGAGUAGAGGCGCUACUCGAGGAUUCAUUCAGGUGAUGGAAACUAAGAUGGUCAAGGAAAAACUGGUCUGUGAUUUGAGGUCAGAACUACUUUGCCAAGAAGAGUAAUAAAUAUAGUCCUGGAUUUGUUCAUAUAAAGAAACUGCCACAACUGUUAAUGUAUGUGUAUGUUCUCCACGGAUGGAGAAUCUUUGUAGACUCAUCUCCCUUAUUUUGCUAAUAAAAAAACAUUUACAAACCA